AUGACGAAUCUCGAGACAUUGCUCGCAAAAGGCCCAGCAGGCGACGCAGAGGUUGGUCUGGAGCAAUUGCGCUACACCAUCUUGUCGGACGGCAUUCCCAGCAACAGUGAUGGCAUGUCAGAGCUGCGCAUCUAUGUUUGGCUCAUCCUGCUCAAUGUACCUCCGCUACGCACCGAUGCCUACCUCGAUCUCGUGCGACAAGGCGCCUCGCCUGCCUAUACCAAGAUUCGCAACGACACCUUCCGUACCUUGACUACAGACCCUCUGUUCCGCCGUCGCGUCACCGAGAACAGUCUCACCCGUGUUCUCAAUGCCAUAGCCUGGAAGCUGCACGAUGCUCACGAGGCUCGCGUCAAUGGCUGGAUGUCACCACCUACCUUGUCUGUACCUAAGAGUAUCGAUGGUCACUCGGACCAGGUCACAUCGCCUACUUCCAGACACCGCGCAUCCAUCACUGGCACCGAGGGCUCUGAGGCUGGCGAUGGUGCUUCUCAUGUCGGUUAUGUCCAGGGCAUGAAUGUCAUGGCUGCCCCUUUUCUGUACGCCGCUCGUAGCGAGGCUGAGGCCUUUGCUGCAUUCGACCGAUUCAUCACAGUAGAGUGCCCUGGCUACGUAAGAGGCUCCAUGGAUGGCGUUCACAGAGGUCUGGCUCUAGUCGACAAGAUCCUCGCCAUCGUGGAUCCCAAGUUGUCUGCCUACUUGGCAAGCAAAGGCAUGGAAGCUCGCAUCUACGCCUUCGCCAGCGUCCUGACUAUGUGCGCCUGCACUCCGCCUCUGCCUGAAGUUCUCCAACUGUGGGACUUCUGUUUUGCCUACGGCCCGCAUCUGAAUCUGCUAUGCAUCGUCGCUCAGUUGGUUUUGAUCAGAGAUCAGCUUCUCACCAGCCCGAGUCCAAACCAGAUUCUGAGAUCAUUUCCGCCCUUACAAGCCUCUAAGAUCAAGCCCAUGGCUAUCAGCUUUGUGCGCAAACUUCCUGAAGACCUCUACCAACAAGUCGUUGACCACGCAAAAUGA